AUGGUCCAGUUUUUUCUGCCUGGAUUGACUUGGAACCGACAACUCCCAGGCUACCGUGUGUUUGCAACAGCGAGGAGGCUGGAGUCUAUGGAGGAGCUAGCCGCACUCGGAAUAGAGACGUCUGAGCUGGACGUGACGAAUCUGGAGGCAAUCCAGCAACUCAGACAGGACAUCUCGCUGAAAACGGGUGGAAAGCUGGACGUUCUAGUCAAUAAUGCUGGCCAAGGUUACGACCAAGCUAUUACCGAUGCCUCCCCAGAACGGAUUCGCGAAAUCAUUGACGUCAACCUCACCGCGCCGAUGGUGAUGCUCACCGAAUUUUCUCACCUGCUCAUCGCGUCAGGCGACGGCCGAGUUGCCCAGAUUGGGAGCAUUACGGGGAUCAUGCCCAGCCCGUUCAGCGCAGCGUACAAUGCGAGCAAGGCCGGAAUUCACGCCUUUUCGAAUUCGGCACGCAUAGAGCUGGCGCCCUUCAAUGUCAAGGUUAUCAACGUGCUGACUGGCGUAAUUGAGAGCAAUAUUUGGCGCAAAGGCAGCCUCCCCGACGACUCGCUGUACAAACCCAUGGAGGAUCUCUACCAAGAACAUCGCAUCAACAUUCCCAGAGAGACCAUGACCCCCACAGAAGUAUAUGCACGUGCCGUCGUCCGCGAAACCCAUAAAACAAAGCCCAGCUCGUGGAUCUGGAUCGGAAAGCAUACUACCUUGGUAUGGCUCGUCGACACCUUCCGCCCAAGAUUUGCGUGGGACUAUCUAAUCAACCAUAUGUUCGGAUUCAAUGAGUUUGUUGCGCGGCUCACAAGCCGCAAGGCCCAGAAGGACAAACCCACCGCAGCGACGAUGACCGCAGAGUAG